AUGUCCAACAACGUCAGGUACGACACCUGGGACAAGGAGCGGCUCAUCUGCCGCGUGCGGCAGCUCGAGAUGGAGAUCCGCCACCGCGACGCCGCCGCCAAAAGAGCCGUGACACUGACGCACUCGGCCCCCUCGACACCCGGCGGCGACUCGUCCUCGGCGGUGGCAGCGCCGCCGCCUGCGAAGAAGCGCAAGAAGGGAGCCGCCAGCAUAGAUCCUUCGCGCUACUCGUACCGCUACGUCGCCCUGCGCCUCGCCUACCUCGGCAAGAACUACAACGGCUUUGAGCACCAGCAGUCGGCCGUGCAGGCGACGAUUGAGUCGGCGCUGUGGCGCCUUUGGCCAGGUCAUCGGCCUCCGCCUCCGCAGCAGCAAGCCCCUGCCAAGACAGCGGCCCAGCUCGAAGAGGAGGCGCGCAAGAAGGCCGAAGCCCUUCAGGAGAAGCAGAAGCAGCAGCAGCAGGACGGUCAAGGGGACGUCAGCAUGCAGGACGUCGCAGCCGAGCAGCAGCAGCAGCAGCAGCAGCAGCCGCCAUCACCUCCUCCCGCGCCCAAGCCCUGGGACCCCAUCAAAGACGAGCUCCCCUACUGCAAGACGCUCAACCGCCUGCUGCCGCCCGACAUCCGCAUCCUGGCCUGGUGCCCGUCGACGCCCGAGGGCUUCUCGGCGCGCUUCUCCUGCACGGAGCGCCAGUACCGCUACUACUUUACGCAGCCGGCCUUUGCGCCGGCGCCCGAGGGCCUCACACCGCCCAAGGGCCCCUCGCAGCCGCGCAAGAAGAAGGACGCCGCGCCGCCGCCGCCGCCGCGACCCAAGGUCGGCUAUCUCGACAUUGACGCCAUGCGCGCCGCCGCCAAGAAGUUCGAGGGCCUGCACGAUUUCCGCAACUUCUGCAAGGUCGACGGCGGCAAGCAGCUGACGAAUUUUAUGCGCCGCAUGUUCGAGGCCGACAUUGUCGAGGUCGACGACGUCGCGUCGGCGGUGCCGUACCUGUCCGGCGCGGCGUUUGCGCAGCCAGAGACGGCAGCGCAUGGUGGUGGUGGCGGCGGCGGCGUGAUGCCCAAGGUGUACUACCUGCACGUGCGCGGGUCGGCGUUCCUGUGGCACCAGAUCCGGCACAUGCGGGCACCCGCGCAAGCCCAACUACGGCUCGCGCACGAGGUGCCGCUCGUGCUGUGGGACUGCAUCUUCCCGACGGACCGCAGCGUGCCCGAGGGCCAGCAGGCCGACGGCAUGGCGUGGGUGUGGGAGGCGGGCGAGAACAAGUACGGCGCCGGCGGCCUCGUCGACGUCCUGUGGGCCGGGUGGCGCGAGAAGAAGAUGGACGAGCUGCUGGCCAACAGGCUGCUCGACCUCGUGUCGCUGCAGGGGUGCCCCGAGGCGAACCCGGCGCAGAACGUCAAGUGGAACGUGCUGCAAAAGGUCUACGCUGGCGGCAACGAGGGGCGGCUCGCCGGCGAGCACCUGCCUCUGAUGAAGAGGAAGGUGGUGCCGUCGCCGAUGGAGAUCAACGACCGCUGGGCGCAGCGCAUGGGCUACGGCUCGUCCGAGGAGCUGCUGAAGGAAGAGAACUGGCGCGUCUCCUUGGCCAAAGACAGGCGGGCGAGACGGGAGGGCGGAUCGGGGACGGCGACGCCAGCGGUCCAAGAGCCGGAGGCAUGA